UCUGAGGAUAAAAACGAGCACUCCGACCCUGCACUGAUGGCCGAAGAUGAUCCCUCCGAGUUGCCGUAGCGCUGCAAGGCUGUGGCACUCCUCCUUCAAUGAACGGUGGAAAGAUGGCGACAGCAUACGCACAAGCGAGAGUCGACUGUACCGGCGGAUAAAAAGUGCUGUAAAGAGACAAAAUCCACCUCCUUUGCAGAGAUUUAGCGGUGCAAAGUGUGUUUGAUAUAGCUAAGACAUGGUAUAGCCCAUGCACAGCUUGAAAUAAGGAGCCACCGCUUUGUUAUGGAGCCGCCGGAUCGGAACAAGCCCAGCAGGCAGGCCAAGCCAGUGGAAAAUGCAUCCCUACGGAGCCAAGAAGUGGCUGAAUCCUGUGACUCUCCCAGUGAGGAAGAGGAAGCUCUGUAUGGGACAUCACCUCCAUAUAACGCCCGUCAGGUGAAACACAUGUCUAGCAAACACCUGAGGAACAGUCAGGGGAGGAGCGCUGGGGGGUCUCCAAACAAAUCUGACGCCAGCUCAUCUGCCCUGAAGGACAGUCCCAAGGCAGUGGAGACAUCUAAGGAGCACAGCUACAAACAGGGCAAGAAACUGAGGUCUGCACAGCGCUCCACAGAGAGAGAUCACAAGAAGACAUUUGAAGGCUCAUUUAUGCUGGAUCCCCUCUCAAAGCCCCUCAUGGAAACCAGAAAACAUUACUUGAGUUUGGGCUGCAGUCGCAGUCUUCCUGUGUCUAUGCCCCAUAUGUCCCGCACCCACCGGCAGACCUCAAGGACAGACUGUCCUGCUGAUCGCCUCAAAUUCUUUGAAACUCUGCGGCUGCUGCUCAAGCUCACAUCUAUGUCCUCCAAGAGGAAAGAGAAGGAGCAGAGAGGCCUGGAGAACAUGCCUUACUUGGGUCACAAUAAUGAGGUUAUUUGGCUGGAGCUGCAGGCAUGGCACGCACGGCGUUCCACCGGUGACCAAGACCUUUUCCUUUUCACUGCCCGCCAAGCUAUCCCUGACAUCAUUAACGAGGUUCUGCACUUUAAAGUCAACUAUGAGAGCCUGAUAGGGGCUCAGUGUUCAGAGUCUCAAGCAAUUCAGGAGGACUAUCAGAGAGUCCCUGAUCUAGUUUGUGAAGAGAAGAGGGAGCCUACUGUAGCAGAGAGCAACCACUGUGGAGUAGAUCCCUGGGGCUUUAGGGCCUGCCCCUCAUCAACAAUGAAUGCAGCAGAGCCUCUUGGCUCUGGCGCUGAUUGCAGGGAGCAUCUUCAACGUCAGCGGCUGGCAUUUGAGCAGGUCAAGCGAGUUAUGGAACUGCUGGAGUCUGUGGAAGCUUUGUACCCCUCUUUGCAGGCCUUACAAAGGGACUACGAAAAGUAUGCAGCACGAGACUUUCAAGGCAGGGUGCAGGCGCUCUGUCUGUGGCUCAAUAUCACCCAGGACCUAAACCAGAAGCUGCGCGUUAUGGCCACAGUGUUGGGCAUCCAUGACUUAUCCCGUAUCGGGUGGCCCGUCUUUGAGAUCCCUUCACCUCGCUGUUCUCGCGGAAACGAAGAUGAAGAGAAUGACGACGACGACGAGAACGACUCGAUAACCACUUUUACCACAGAAAGUGACGUCGAGGACAGAUAUGGCGAGGACAAUGGAGAAGCGAGUCCUGUCACAGAGGGAGAGUUGUCUCCCAUCCUGACUCCUAAAUUUGCCCGUUUGUUGUCCGAAGAUGAAUUUCUUCCAAAUGCUACUUCAGGAAAUGCAGAAGCAUCCGUGGGAGGAGGGGUGUUCUGCCCAACAUCCAUCUACAGACCAUUUGUGGAUAAAGCUCUAAAACAGAUGGGACUACGUAAACUGAUCCUCAGACUGCACAAACUGAUGGAUCGCUCUCUUCAGAGAUCCAGAGCAGCACUGCUCCGCCACACUCUUGCACUAGAGUUUGCAGACUUUCCAGACCCAAUGCUGUACAGCGAUUACCUGCCUGAGCUGUCACGACACGAUCAGUUCAGCGGUCCUGCUGACCCUGAGCUCGGAGCGGACCAGGUGUCCUGGGCGGAUCUGCUGGACAUGGAUCUUCCAUCCUUCCGGCCAGCGUUCCUUGUACUGUGUAGAGUCCUCCUCAACGUCAUUCAUGAAUGCCUUAAACUGCGACUUGAACAAAGGCCCGCUGGAGAGCCCUCGCUGCUCAGUAUCAAACAGUUGGUGCGCGAGUGUAAAGAGGUCCUUAAAGGAGGUCUUCUGAUGAAGCAGUAUUAUCAGUUCAUGCUGCAUGGUGUGGUGACUGACGCUCAGGGCUUGCAAAUAAACGCCAAUAUUGAUGAAUUUGAAGAAGAUCUUCACAAGAUGUUGGUGGUUUACUUUGACUACAUGCACAGCUGGAUCCAGAUGUUGCAGCAGCUGCCUCAGGCCUCUCAUAGCUUGAAGAACCUGUUGGAAGAGGAGUGGCACUUCACCAAGGUCAUCACUCCUUACAUCCGUGGAGGAGAGGCCCAGUCUGGGAAGCUUUUUUGUGACAUUGCUGGGAUGCUGCUCAAAUCCACUGGAGAGUUCCUCGAUGCUGGUCUGAAAAAGAGUGAUAAUGAAUUCUGGGAAAGUGCGGAUGACAGCACCGCCUCAGAUGAGAUCAGGCGGUCCGUUGUUGAGACUAGUCGGUCUCUUAAAGAGCUGUUCCACGAGGCCAGGGAGCGAGCAUCUAAGGCCCUGGGCUUUGCCAAAAUGCUUCGUAAGGACUUGGAGGUUGCUGCAGAUUUCACUAUCACUAACGGUGUUACUUGUCUCCUCGAGGCACUGAAGAAAAGAAACUAUGUCAAGGUUGGAAGAGCUUCAGGUUUUUGUCCCCUGUGGCUUGAUGAAUCAGCGACCCGUCAUCCUGCAGCUUCUUAAUGCUGCAGCUGGCAAAGACUGUUCUAAAGAGCCAGAUGAAAUCGCUGAGGACGAGGCCUACCUGCUCAUGAGCAAACACAAAGCUGGGGAUUCCACCACUUAUUCUGACUGGGCUCAGUGGGAUGGACAGCUUCUCAAGCUGGUCCCACAGAUGGAAACUGUUGACACUUUAAGGGCCAUGAAGGUAGAGAACAUGCUGUUGAUAGUGAUGCAGUCAGCUCACCUGGUGGUUCAGAGAAAGGUUUUUCAGCAGUCCAUGGAGGAUGUGCUUACUCCUAACCGAGAGCAAACAUCGAGUCAGCCCCUCAUCGCGGGCGCUCUGGAAGAGCUCAAGAAUGAGGCACUGCAGCUAUGCAUUAAGAUAAGGCAUGCCAUUGACUGCGUAGAUAACAUGUUUACCACAGAGUUUAAGGCCGAGAUCGACGAGUCCGAGUCAGCCACUCUGAAUCAUUACUACAGGGAGGCGAUGACACAAGGCUACAACUUUGCCUUCGAGUAUCACAAGGAGGUGGUGCGUCUGAUGUCAGGAGAGUUCAGACAGAGGAUCGGGGACCGUUACAUAGCUUUUGCCCGCAAAUGGAUGACCUAUGUCCUGACCAAAUGUGAGAGUGGCAGGGGCACCAAACCCAGGUGGGCGACUCAGGGUUUUGACUUUCUUCAAGCUAUUGAGCCUGCCUUUAUAUCAGAAUUACCAGAGGAUGACUUCCUGAACUUACAAGCCUUGAUGAAUGAAUGUAUUGGACAUGUGAUUGGAAAACCCCAUAGCCCUGUUACUGGCCUGUACUUUGGUCCCAGAAAUAGUCCUCGUCCUGUAAAGUUGGUGGGUCGUUGCCAUAGUGAUCCACCAAACCCCCCUCUGAUCAUCCCUAACGCUGAAGGGUUCAGCUCUCGAAGUCUCCCCUGUGAUCUCCGGAACCAGCUGUUCCCAAACGGCCCUCGCCCUGUCCCUCAGGGACCGGGGGAACAGAGCCACACCAAAGCACCCGGCAGCACCCCCAAUGACGUCAGAGGAUCCAGUUUCCAUGAGAAUGACCGGCUGUCGUCAGUUGCAGCAGAGUUGAAUUUCAGGUCUCUGAGUCGUCACUCCAGCCCUACAGAGGACAGAGAAGAACCUUCGUAUCCUAAGGGAGACCCUAACAGUUCUUCACGCAGAAGCUGGGAGCUCCGCACCUUCAUCAGCCAGUCCAAGGACACAGCAGCGCGGCAAAGCCCCAUGGAGGCCGUCCGUCUCUCCAUUCGCAAAUUCGAAGAGAAACGCUACGCCGUGAUGAAGCAACGCAACAUCAUCGGCCAGGUGUGCCACACACCCAAGUCGUAUGACAACGUCAUGCAAGUUGGGCUCAGGAAAGUGACCUUCAAGUGGCAGAGGGGCAAUAAGAUAGGUGAGGGCCAGUAUGGGAAGGUGUAUACCUGUAUCAAUGUUGACACCGGCGAGCUGAUGGCUAUGAAGGAGAUCCGAUUCCAACCAAAUGAUCACAAAACAAUCAAGGAGACUGCAGACGAGCUGAAAAUAUUCGAAGGCAUUAAACACCCGAAUCUCGUGCGCUACUUCGGAGUCGAGCUUCACCGGGAGGAGAUGUACAUCUUCAUGGAGUACUGUGACGAGGGCACUCUGGAGGAGGUAUCCCGGCUGGGGCUGCAGGAGCACGUCAUCAGGCUUUACAGCAAACAGAUCACUAUAGCCAUCAACGUCCUGCAUGAACACGGCAUUGUCCACCGGGAUAUUAAGGGAGCCAACAUCUUUCUGACAUCAUCAGGCCUGAUUAAGCUGGGUGACUUUGGCUGCUCAGUAAAGUUGAGAAACAACACUCACACAAUGCCAGGAGAGGUGAACAGCACUCUGGGAACAGCAGCAUACAUGGCACCUGAAGUUAUCACCAGAGCGAAGGGAGAAGGUCACGGGCGGGCAGCAGACAUUUGGAGUUUGGGCUGCGUCCUUAUUGAGAUGGUGACUGGAAAGAGGCCCUGGCAUGAGUACGAGCACAACUUUCAGAUCAUGUACAAAGUGGGCAUGGGCCACAAACCUCCCAUCCCCGAGAAGCUGAGCACAGAAGGGAAGGACUUCCUCGGUCACUGUCUGGAGAGUGAACCCAAACGACGCUGGACAGCUAGCAUGCUGCUCGACCACCCAUUUGUUAAGGUCUGCACGGAUGAAGAAUAAACGAAACCUCCUGUGUGGCUUUAAAGUUUACAAGUUAAAGCACUACUGUACAUGUUCAAAUAAGAAACGAGAACUGUGGACACGGAGAAGCAGGAGGUUACUGCUGAAGGCACAUGGAUUUAAACUGAGGAAGUAAUACAGUAUCAUUUCAAAGGACAACUGGAUCUAUAUAGUAUUGAUUUGUUGUGUCUUUAUCUAUGGACUGAGAGAGGACGGGUGGGACUGUAUAUACUGUAAAAACAGAAAAAAGAAUUAGUUUUAAUUCCUGUAUAAACAAUAUUGUAAAGUUAAAUACCUAUUGCCACAUUUGUUUGGUCUCACUGGUGAAGAGAUCUCUGAAAAGGCAUUGAAGAAUACUUGUUUUUUUCCUUUCAUUUUUUUAUCAAAGGGGAAUGGACAGGUGGUUGGGGGUGGGGCAAAACCUAUAGCACUUUUAAACUGUUUACCCAUGGGGACAGUGGAGUUACUGCUUGUCUGUCCCUCUGAGACUGAAAAGGUGUGGUAGGCCUCAAAAUGGAAGGAGAGGCUGCUUUACCUUUAUGAAAUGAACCAUCCAAAUGUAAUCAACAAAUCGUAUUGCUUGCUAUUUGGCAAGCGUGGGCACUGGGAAGGAUUUUUUUUUUUUGUUAUUCUAUUUUUCUUUGCCUUUGCUGAGGAGAAAAUUUCAAGUUGGAGCAAUGUUCAAGUCUACUGGCCGCCAGUGAAGAGCUGUUCAUGUGACUAAGGCGUUACAAAGAAAAGGAGAAACAGGGCCUGCUCUUCCUCCCUGCUGCUGAACAUAAAACAUUCUCACGGCCGAACACAGACACUGACACACAACUUCUGGUUCUCUGCUGCUCUCACAGUGUUUGCCAUGUACAAACAAUAUUAAUAAAUGAACUCUCUUUUUUUAAA